AUGGAACAACAGGAAGCGCUUACUGAAACCGCGGCAGCGACCCCCCCACGACUACAGAAAAUGCAGCGAGCCCACUUUUUGCGUGGGUGUCCCCAAUAUGGGACGUAUAUCCGAGAUCGUACCAUUGUGUUGCCCAGUCAUGACACCGAUUCUGAUGGCAAUUUACUGGUGUACCGCGGUGCGGUUUAUUGUCGUUUCCCAAAUUGCAGUCGCAGGAUUGAGCCAUUUUCACGCACAACGAAUCUACGAGCCCAUCUAAAGGGCCACGGUCAAGCAUGCGCUAAGGGAUGGAGUGGCCGGCUCAGCCAACAAAAAAAAGACACGGCUAUUGCGUUCUUUGUGUCACUUUUCCAGUGA